AUCCGAUCGGACAAAGCCAGCCGAUUCUUCUCUUCACCAGAACAGCAUUUUCUCAUUUGUACGCUGACUAGGUAUAAGAUUGGUGCUUCAUUUCUCUCUGUCAAGGUCUCUGUUUACAUGGUCUUUGGUUUGAAGCAUCAACCGCCAGCUCUUCCUACGUCUCCACCGCUGAUUGCACUGUCCACUACUGAACCACAAUCAUCCUCUGCCACGAAACCCAACUUAACUGCGCCCUAAACCCUCAGCCUCCUUUCAACUUAUGAGAGCUCGCACAAAGGCCAAUUUGGUUCAUCAUGGCUUUCUGUUGAGCCUUUGAUCCUCACUGACCAUGCGUCGACUCUCACCACGAAUCUCUCAGUCUCGUUCGACUGCGCUUACGCAACCCGUCAACCACCCCUCUCUCCCACACCAAAAGCGGUCACUUCGAUCCUGAUCUACACACCUCAUUCUGCCUCCCGGUUGCGAAUCACGACUGCUGGUCAGCUGCUUUACCUCGCUGGUGCGAUUUCCUAUGCUCCAGCAGCAUUCUGCGCCUCAAUUUCAGCCCUGACGCGGUGCCACCUAUUCACAGAGAGCGUAGUCAAGCUUGAAGAUUGUGGUUUCCAAGAGUAGCAGAUCUAGCUGAGCAGCGAUGUCACUUAACAACACACCUGCGACUCACUCGCAGCAGUACGAGCACAAUGGUGAAGUCGACGUCCCCAUGGAAGACGCGGAUCCUUACAAUCGAGCGAAAUACCCUCCUCGUCCCGCUCAUCAACACAGACUAUCUGCGCAAUACCUCCCCGAGAUAUCUUCGGCGGCUCAGCGGUACUCCCCCAUGAAUGCUCAACCUACGGGAGCUGCAUACCCGGCGAGCCCCAAAAUGCAGAACACUAGCAAUUUCUCCUACCUCAAUCAACCGCAGCCUUCGCGACAGUCUCCGACACGCCAGGGAAGCUAUAACUCAGAUCCUUAUGCUGAGCCUCCUACGCCUACCAGAUAUUCAUCCAACUAUUCGUCUGGGCUGCCAAAUUCUGACCUGAGCCCCGAGUCCUACUAUCCUCUCAAUGCAAGUGCCACGCGCCCCGCCCCUCCCUCGAGACAGCCUUCGCAGGGCCCUGGGCCAGUUCCCAGGUUCAGAAAAGUCAAGACAAUGCAGGAUAUCACACCGAGAGUCAACGCGCAGCCACCCUAUCGUAGGGCAAAUCCAGAGGGAGGAUUCAUCAGUCCGCUGCAGGCCCUCACCACAUAUCUGCCAUCCACGUACAGGAUCUGCAAUCCCAAUUUUAAAUACGAGUCCUCAAGAAAUCCUAGGCGGGUCUUAACAAAACCGAGCAAAGGCACCAAGAAUGAUGGCUACGAUAACGACGAUAGCGACUACAUCCUCUACGUCAACGAUAUCCUGGGAAGCGAAGAGGCGGGCCAUAAGAAUCGCUACCUGAUUCUGGAUGUGCUAGGGCAGGGAACGUUUGGCCAGGUAGUCAAAUGUCAGAACCUGAGAACGCAAGAAGUGGUGGCGGUCAAAGUCAUCAAGAACCGGACAGCUUAUUUCAACCAGAGCAUGAUGGAAGUUUCGGUCCUGGAUUUGCUAAACCAGAAACUUGACAAGAACGACGAUCACCACCUUUUACGCCUAAAAGACACGUUCAUCCAUCGACAGCAUUUGUGCCUCGUGUUCGAGCUGCUCAGCGUCAAUUUGUACGAAUUGAUCAAGCAGAACCAAUUUCGAGGUCUCAGCACGACACUGGUUCGUGUCUUCGCGCAACAAUUGCUGAACGGGCUUACUUUGUUGAACAAGGCGCGCCUCAUACAUUGUGAUCUGAAACCAGAAAACAUCCUCCUCAAGAAUCUCGAAAGCCCGAUCAUCAAGAUCAUCGACUUUGGAUCGGCGUGUGAUGAAAGACAGACAGUCUACACAUACAUCCAAUCUCGAUUCUAUCGUUCACCAGAAGUGUUAUUGGGAUUGCCCUACUCCUGUGCCAUUGACAUGUGGUCUCUUGGGUGUAUUGUUGUUGAGCUGUUUCUGGGACUGCCGCUUUUCCCAGGGUCAUCUGAAUACAAUCAAGUGUCACGAAUUGUCGAAAUGCUAGGCAUGCCCCCAACGUGGAUGUUGGAGAUGGGAAAGCAGUCUGGGGAAUUUUUCGAGAAGACCACGGAUGAAUUCGGCCGUCGUACGUAUCGGCUAAAGAGCAUGGAACAGUAUUCCCGUGAGCACAACGUCAAGGAACAACCAAGCAAAAAGUACUUCCAGGCCACGACACUACCUGAGAUCAUUCGCAGCUAUUCAAUGCCUAGGAAGAAUAUGAAGCCAGCUGAAAUUGAGAGAGAAAUGAACAACCGCGUUGCUUUCAUUGACUUUGUCCGAGGUCUUCUGAACAUCAAUCCACUGGAACGGUGGUCGCCCCAACAAGCGAAGCUGCAUCCUUUUAUCACUCAACAGAAGUUCACUCAGCCAUUUGUCCCGCCCAUGAACUUGAAAUCUCCAUCGAGCAAAACUCCUGCGCCAGGCGUGCAGCAGCAACAGCAGGCUGAAGCUCUAAGCAAACAAAGAGCUGCUCAAGCAGCACAAGCUCAGGCCCACGCUCAAGCUGCACAGGCACAAGUCCAGGCCCAAACUGUGGCCCAAUCCGCGUAUGCCAUGCAAAUGAGCCCAUAUCCUCAAACACAGCCUCCACCCAUGUACAAUGCUAUGUACCCUGCUCAUCAGCAAGGCGCUCCACCCCCAUAUCCAACGCACACGACAAAUUACGCACCUCAAAUGGGUAUGAUGCCGCAGCAAAACCCACAGAUGAAUCCUAGCCAUUACAACCACCAACAGAGCUUGUAUGCACAGGCUACGCAAAGAGCAGGCCGACAGCGUGCUUCGACUAUGGAUCAACAACAAGCAGGGAUCCCACCCACCAUUCAGCGAGUGGCUAGCCAUCUCGACCCAAAUCAGCCCAUCAGACUCCAGCCAAGUCCGGCUUAUUACCCACCGCCAGCUGAUGGUUAUGUUGAUUCUCCAUCGACCGCUCGGAGACGCGGCAGUCGCAACCAAAGAAAUCGUGAUUUCAUCCGCACUCUGGAAGACGGCGCCAUGAAUCAAUGGCAUUGAAAUGGGAAGAAUUAGGUUGGCGCUGAGCCAUGUUCUCAAUCCCAACGGCGGGGCCUUGCCCGUCCUAUAUUGACCAGAAGGGGCUUUGAAAGUGUAUAUGUGGCGCACGACUGCGAAGACUAAAAUUGGUCACUCUUCAAGACUAUGGUCCGGCUCGCAAGUUUCUGGCCGACUACACGGUGUGUCCCUCGCUAAGCCCGACCGAGGUGCAUCUUAAUGGAAGACAAGACUUCAACGACCAUUUAGGUGGUUCUGUGAUCAAGAUCUAAGCUACGAAAAGCUACGAGCACAGUGAUGAUGAAAUGAAAACGUGGCCUGCCCAUAAGAUUGGACUCUCGAAUUUUUUUUUGAGGAAGCUACACCGUUAUCUGUGGCGGUAUUGGCAAGGAGGGAAUGGCCUAGACGUCUGACAGUUAUGUACAGAGGUCUGAUUCAAACGAUUGGGAGACAUCGUGAGAGUGCGGAGGUCGCCAUAGCAUUUGAGGAAUUUUGGGCCUUGUACCAUAAACAUAUGCUUCUGUCACAACACGAUCCGACACAAUUGGGAAAUCGUC